AUGGGAGCAAUCACAAGCGCAGUGAUAGCAGUGGCUGCAGUGAUUCUAGGUUGGAUCACCAUCGAGAUCGCAUGUAAACCUUGCCUUGAACAAGGCCGUGAAGCCAUCGAUCGGAAUCUCAAUCCAGAUUACGAUCCCGACGACGACAACGCCGUUCGAGCACCACUCAUCCCUGCCGCAUCCACCAAGGACCCCGACGCCGCCGCCUCUUCCACCGACGCUAAAUUCGUUUCAUAA